UCAGUCAGAUUCAGAGGAAUGGUUGAGUCAACAACCAGAGCGAGUCCAACUCAGUUCGUGCUGUAUAAUUUUGGGACCACAAGGAGCAGCUAUGAAGAUAAACAGAAAUGUUUAUUUGGAUAAAGAGUUUGAUAUUGAGAAGAGUGUACCACAUGUGACUUUGUUGGUGUCUGAAGACUAUGAGCAGAAGCAUAUAGGAGAAAUGAUGGAAGAGGCAGAGAAAGCUGUUUUUGUACCGAUGAAAGAGAAUCUUGCCAUUUGGAGGAGUGAGGAUCAGCGAUUCAUCAAGAUUAUGAUUUCUGCUCAAGGAGAGGGACAACCGCAAACUGUGUGGAUGACACAGGAGUCAAUUUGCAGUGCUAAGAUGGAUCCUAUGAGAGAGGAAAUGUUGCGACAAGUACCAGAGUGUUUGUGGUCUCGGCAUAGCACUGACAUUGGACUGGUGAAAUCGGCUCAACCAGUAAAAGUUGAACUCCAGCCAGGAGUUAGACCCCCUUGGAAGGAUCAAUAUCCACUGAAAGAAGAGGCGAUCCGAGGGAUUGAACCACAAAUUGAAGGACUCUUGAAAAAUAAGGUUGGGAGAAAAAAGACCACUAUGAGGGGAUUCAGAUACUCAAACAUGGACAAUAAGAAUGGAUUGGAAGACUUCCAACAAGACAACAACACUGCGAGACGAUAUCUAGAGUCAACACAUCAAUGAUACUGUGGUGACAGUCAACGUUGUUGAGGAGAUAUUGUUCAACAUAUUUUUGUUUUUCUUAUUUUUAUGUUUUUAUAUAUACAUAUUUAGUAUAUUCAUAUAGUAUUGGAUUUUGUUUUAUUAUGUUGUAUUUUGUGAUAUCAAUAGAGGAUGUUAUAUGCUAGUAAUAAUGUUAGCAAGAUAUAAUAAUUUUAUUAUAUUUUCUUGGUUGUCUGUUAUUGGGUAAAUGCAUUGGGACCUCUUUUUCUGAUGCCUAGGGAAAUUGGGGCUAGGCAGGGAAAGGUCCAUUGGAAAGUGCGAUGGGUCGACCAGCCUGAAAGUGGACAUUGUUUGGAUUUUAUUUUCUGAGGGUUCCAUAUGUAUUUGCUUGAAGUUAUAUCCUUGUAUUAAUGAUGAAAUUUCUCCUUUUAAUUGGUUUGGAGUACUAUAAAGUGGUCGCCUGGGGCAGAGGGGCCGUGAGAGAAUUUUCCUGUCUAGAUUGUUUGAUGGAAAUUUCAGGAAAGAUAGCUGCUUGACAGGUUUUUCGCUCUCACACUCCAUAAAGUUAUGUUUAUGCUUUGGGAAGUAUAUGUAGGAGGACUGUAUGUUAUUACUGUAAACAUGUAUGUUUUAUUCUUUAUUUUUCGAGGCUAGGUAGCCUCGAAGGGGGAAAUAUGUAGUAUACAGGAUGUUUUAUGUAUGUUUUUGCCUUUUUGGAAUGUCUGAAGGUUUCCAGAUGCUUUCACUUUUUUCAAGUUUCCUAUGUCUGAGUUAGCCCUUGGGGUUUAUGUUUAGGAUAAGAGUUAAGAAUGUGACCCCUAGACUAGUAGAGGUUAAAGGUGAGGGUUUCCUCUUACCCAUCAUCUUCCUUUUGACAGUGAAGGCAUUGAAUGAAGGUCCAGAUGUCUCCUAUGUACCAUGUAAACAACCAAUGUAUAUAUAUACUGGUGUUCAGAGCUGUUAGGGAGAGAGAUCCAUAUUGGCUUGGAUCCUCUCACAGGCUACUGCAGUGCUUGUCCGAUGCUGAACUACUUUGUAAUAAACUUCUAUAUACAAGUAAGUCAGUGUCAGCGGAGAUCUUCUCUUCAUCAUCUUCACAUCAACAUCACCACCUAAUAUACCACAGAGGAAACGGCAUUCAAAAAAUGCCACAC